UUUUACAUUUUUUUAAUAAAUAAAUUAGGCUUUAUUGGGUAGAAGUGUAGAACGUGUUUUUUAAUUUUCUUAAAUAUUUAUGUUUUUGAAAUCAUCAAGAUAUUAUAUAAGUAUAUAAGUAUUUAUUUCCUUUAAUACAACAGCAAUUUACAAUAUAAAUAAUGAUGCAGUCUUUAGUAAAUACCCUGAAAUUUUCGUAUUCAAAAAUCAACAUACAACCAGUUCGUUAUCGGUAUUGGAAAGAUCAACAAGGUGCUCAGCCAUUAAUUAGACGAUAUGGUUAUAAUGAUGAUAAAAUUCUCCAGUCAGGGUUAUUGCCACGAUCAGCCGAUGAAAAAAAUAAGUUGCCAAUGCCCAUAUACAGACCUAAAGAUGUUUGGAAUGAACGCAGAGCUCUUUUUGGACAAAAUGAUUACAUUGAUAUUUUAGGAAAUGAUUCUGUGCAUCCUGUCCGAGUACUAUACAAUGUACCAUCUUGGUUGAGAGGAGUAAAAGGCAAUGAAUUUCAAAUAUUAUUAAGAAAGAGAAAAAUGUUACAACAUGGUGUAUAUCCAUUGGCCAGACCAACAAAGUGGAGCCAAAUGCAAAAAAGAAUCAAAUAUUUGUAUACUUUCUUGAAUAGAAAAACUAGAACUGGAAUGGAAAAAUAAUAACUUAGUAUGUUAAACAAUAUAAUAAAUUAGUAUUUAAAAUGA